AGAGGAAGGAAAUUCUCGGGCAUAAAAUGAUUUUUUGAUUCCCCAGUAAUCAUGCAUCUUCUCCUUGUGUUCCUUCAGAGCAUAAUAAUUGCUGUUCGGGAGACGGCCUUCUUUGUAAGCGUCUGCGUAUUGGUUUCCAUCAUCCAAAUGUAACUGCGAAUGAUAGCCUCGCAAACGCAUGAUAUAUCCAGUGAACGUGCUAAACCAACAGCCGAAAAACGUUUCUCCCCGACUCACCACCAGCUGGUCGAUCAUACCAUAAUAAUUCGGAUUAAUGUUAUCUCCGAUUACGUCCUUGAAGUCGUCUAAGAACAGAAUGUUCCAUCCAGCCUUUUCCUUAAAGGGCUUAAAAAAAUCCUUUUCGCGUUCAUCAGUCCCGAUGUACACCGUCCUACCCGAAGGAAUAUCGGAUUUUGAGUUGGCAACGAUAUCAUCGGCAUCGAGCCGCGUAUUUUUGUAUUGGAAGUCACCUCGGCGUACGUGAAAGCUAUCAAAGGUGGGCUCCUUGAAUCCGGUACGCAGCUUGUGCACGAUUCGCGCUGCUGCACAUUGAAUGUUGUCUAUGUAACGCACAUGAUCUCGCACGAAUCGUUUCAUCCAUAGAUCUGUGUGCCAGUCUUGGAAGAACAGAAAAGCAUAGAAGUGGACCAGAAGGCGGCCUCCUGUUUCCUGAGUCUUGGCAUUCUUGCCGUGAAAAUGAAUUAUUGCUGCCUCCUGAUGUGUUUUGUCAUAAAUACAUAGCUUUGAGCGUUCGGCUAAAAAUUCUCUCAGUCGAUCUUUGGUCGAGGCGUCGACGGGUGUUGGUUUGUUGACGAAUUCUUCGAAGGCUUUCCUCGAGACAAACUUUCCUUCCUUUUCCAGCACUACUUCGUCCAUCAUAGUUUGCAGCUCAUCGAUAUCUUUCUGGUCUGUAGAUUUUGGAAAGGCUGCGAUGCACUUCUCUGGGUCCCAGUCGGGAUUAAGGGAAAUGGAUCGCAGCCACGGGCUAAGCACACUUUUGAUGCCUCUCGUAUCUCCAUCCCAUGCCGUCUUUUUGUUGUUAGGGGGAUAAACGAUUUUUCCACUCUUGAAAUCUCGCGUAGUUCCCAUAGUUUCUUCGAGGAAUUGCUCCAUGGAUAUGAUUUCAAGGCCAGGGUGUUCUUCCGCUAUUUCUUGAAGCGGGAAAAAGUCGGCAAAGUUGAAGGUAGUCUUUCCGAGUAAAUACAUUUUUUGAGAUGGCGGCAAAACUAGGACGCGACCCAUGGCCAAGGCGAGAGUUAAUACGGUUUCUGUUUCAAGUUGGUGGUGUUUAUUUUUGGAUUUCACGUGAGACAAAGGAUGCGGCCGUGAAAGAUGGGAAGCGAGACAAAAAAGUCAGAUAAUAUAAAAGGACAAAAUCUUCUCGCGAAAACAUGUUUGUCGAACCCAAUUUACAAACAAAAGGUGCCACAUUGCAGCUUUACAAGAUUUUUCCCUACAAAGCUCACCCAUGCUCAUUCGAAUAUUAUUCCAACCUCCACCGUCUGGUUCAAAAGUUAAGUAUUGACGGGUAUCUUUCUUCAAGAAGGGUGAUGUCCAAGAAUUAUCUGCUUUAAUGUCCCGCCAAUAAGCCAUUUCUUGCGCAUCUUCCAUUUCCUGUGGACCAUCGUGUUCGGUACAAUCCAAUCCCGCUACUGGGUGCACGAGAUUGUUGUGGUUUGCGGCAAGCUUCUGGAUUGCUAACGCUGGUUUUGGUUGCUGCGGAGAUGGCUCUUCCUGUUUUAUCAUGUGCUGCAUUGCAUUCACGUGAUUGAGCACCGAAACAGCUGUUGAGGAUGACAGAUCAAUAGAAGAUAAAUCGUGAAAUGCUGAUAAUGUUGUGAAAUGGAAAAACGUCAUCACCAUGGUCGCAAAACAGCAUCCUAGUAGAAAGGCUCCAGCGAGAUGGAACCGAUUGUAGAAAGCCGAGCGGCGGCGAGUUGGUCUCGCUAGCGUGUUCAUUGUUGCUGCUAUCACUAGAGAUGGUGACAAUCUACUAGUCUUCCUCACUCUGAUGUCCGAGAUGAAACAUAAAACAGUAAAUUCCCUUCGUAAUGUAAUCGGCACCCUUCGGUAUGCAAGUGCACGAGUACUUGUAGCUGUAGUCACAACAAGAAAUGGUAAUUCUAUUGCUCUCAUUUAGUUUCUGGACAUUUUCUUAAUUGGCUCGCUAACUCAAACAGUUUCUACGGUGCAAAAACUAAGCUAGUGCCAGCACAUUGCAAUGAACAUGGCACUCAUUG